AUGUCAGUCAUGUUUUAUGAAUCAUCGGUUUUAUAUUGGCUACUUUUUUUUGCUAUGGGUGCAUUACCGCAAGGCACCAUCAUUACAACACCAGAUGUUCUCUCCAUCCCUUACAUUAAGAAAGCAUUAACAGAUUGUAAUCAACAGUUGAUAAACGCAAAAAAUUUAGUAACUCCACAAGAGUUGAGAGGUGAUAAUGGCUGUUUUUUUGCUCCAUUUCCAGAACAAUUUAAUCCAUAUACAAUGAUUUGUCCAGACAUAGAUACUGCAUGUUGUGCAUUAACUUUAACAGAUAACGAUGAUCCUCCAGAUAGUUUCUCAAAUAUGAAUGGAAAGGGUGGGGAUUUUGAUGUAUGGGCUAGAAAAAAAGAGUACAGAACAUAUAUUCACAUUCCCAGUUUUAAUAUUAAAUGUGAUGCUAGUAGUCAUAUUGUCAGCUAUAACAAUCUUCAUGAUCCUGAUUAUAAAUAUCAAAAUAAUAAUCCAACCCAACACCCUGAAUUAAUCGUUGAUUCUGAACGCGACCUCUAUGGAUAUACAAAAGCACCAUAUGCUAAUUCACUUUAUACUAAAAUACCAUGUAAGUUUCCUUAUAUUGCUCCAACUGCUAUAUUACCAUGUUGUGGUUAUAAUCUAGCAGAAGUUUACACCAAAAAACCAUUUAACCUUUCUGAUUGUGAACGAAAAGCUCAACAAACUAUGUUAUUUAUGGAUGCACCAUUUAUUUAUUCUAAAAUUAGUAUGAAAGUUUGUUGUAAUUAUCAAAUCACCGUUGAUAUUUCUCGUACAGCUUUUCCGCAAACUUGCCUUUAUAUUAAUGGUAAAAAGGUUGAUGAAAAGGAUCAAAAGGAUCUUAGUGGGCUUGUAGCUGCCGGAGGUCGGGUAAUGACCUCCUUUGGUUUAUCUGCAGUUGGGCAUGGAAAUUUUGCUCCUUCUGGUGAUAAUUUGCACUGGAACGGUCAAGCAAAUUAA